CGGAAUACAACAACGCGGUGUCUGAGAAAAAGUCAUUCGGUUUCAACGGUUUUGUGAAACGUUUGAGAAAAAAAUUUUUUUGAAACCAAAGAAAAAAAAUGGAAUUUCUUUUGUGUGUGUGCUUUUGAAUAGAGUGAAUAUUUUAAUAGAAAAUGGCCUAAAGGAUCGUUUUUUUUUCGCUCAGAUGUUGUUGUUUUUUUUUGUGUGGCCAUAGAAAUAAGGAUAUCCUUUUAAUGGGGAUACGUUCGCUGAUUUUUUUGUUAUGAGUGAGAAAAAAAGGAAAUAAAUUAUGAAUGAAUUAACAUUUUUGAGCCGGCUGGUGUGCGUGGGAAUGAAAAGAAUUUCGUGACAAUAAUUAUGUGGUAAAUUGUGAAAGAAAUGAAAAUAUUUGUGCAGGUCUUCACGGUCUAGAGGAUGGGUAUUCAGAGAGAAAAUUUGUGAAAAAAAAAAUUUUUGACAAAGGGGAAAAAAAUAUAAAAAAAAUAAAUAAUUAAGUGAAAAUUCCUAAAAUGUUUAAAAAAAAAAAUCUAAAAUCGAAAAAAAAAAAAUAACAAAAAUAUUCCAAAUACCCAAAUAAACCUAAAAUUACAAUUUUUCGUCUUGAGCUUUAAUUUUGGUGCCAUUUAGCCCUUUAUAAGCCUGACUUACUGACUUGGAAUUUACUACAAAUUCCAGUUUGCUGUGGAUUGGCCCCUAUCUUCUCCUCCUCUGUGUGGCCUAUUUCGGCAUAUGAAGGUCCCCAGCAAACUCCAAAAAAUUUAAGACUUUUAGUGGAACAACAAUAAUAAUGAUGAUGCAACACACAUUAACAACAAUGGCCAAGUGACAUGCGGUACAAAACAGCAAAAGGCAGCAGCAACAGCAACAACAACGGCAUUAGUAGCAGUGGCAGCAGCAGCAGCAGCUAAAUGCCACUGAGAAGCUGUAUGACAAGCAGAUACUUAACAAUGCAAUUUAACAAUGACAUUACAAACAGCAGCAACAGCAACAACAACGACGAAGACAACAACACAAACAAUGUUCAUGGAGGCAUUAACGGUCUGUGAGAGACGGCGAGUCAUGGCAAAUAAUAGACGUCGACGACAAGACGAUUUGAGAGAAUAACAGCAGCAACAAAGUGAAACGUGUAAUAGGCUUAAGUUGGAGACAGACACUCACACACACACAAAGACUCACAAGAAGACAAUCAUACAACAGUGAGGCAGGCAAAGAGAGGCAGAGAGUGUGUCAAAGAGAGGGGUAAUGAAUAAUGCCAUUGUGACACACAAACAAAACUAAGUUUUUGUAAAAGGCAAAUUACUGAAAAAAGCCAUUUAUGGUUUUAAUUACGAAUUAAGAGAGCGAGAGAGAGCGAGAGAGAGCGAGAGAAUUCCCUCACAACCCCACACUGCACGUUGGAAAAGAAGAGCAUCGGCAAAACUCGUCUAAAUGUCUGUUGUAGUUGUUGCCGGCGACAUCAACAUCCAACCAUCAAUGAGCCAAAUAUAUUUAUGUUGUUCUCCAGCUGUUUACAAUGUCGGACGUUGAAAAGGCGAUUUCCGGCUUAAUAGAGGAUGAAGAACUAUUACAACAAACCCAACAGCAACAGCAGCAACACCAACAACAUCACUCAACACCUUUGAAUAAUAAGGCGAAUAGCUAUAACACAAAAAACGAUAGCGGAAACAGUUUUCUACAGCAGCAGCAGCGCCAUCAACAAAAACAACAACAGCUAAGCCAACAUCAGUUGGAACAACAGCUGCAAUAUCAUCGACAACAUCAUCCUCAUACUUAUAUUCCAGAUAGCAAAAACCUGAGUGUAGGUAGAAAAAACACGAACAACACCAACAACCGUGCCAUCAACAUCAACAAUUGUUUGAGUCGCGCUCUAAAGUUAAUCUUCUCCACACCGGGCCUGGUCGUAAUGGUUAUCGGUUAUACGAUAAUGGGUGCUUUGGUAUUUCCUCUGCUCGAGGCACCGCAGGAUAUUAGCAAGUCCGCCAUAAUAGCCAAAUCACGAGAGGAGUGCCUAAAAGAAUUGUGGAUAAUAACAGAAAAACUGAAUGUACUGUACGAACGUAACUGGACAAUGUUGGUGCACGAACAAUUGCGACGAUUCGAGGGUACAAUAGUGGCUGCCACACGCAAUGGUGGCAAUGGAGCCGGUAACAUGGCAGGUGUAGCAUCCUCCUCCUCUUCGCAAUCAUCAUCAUCAUCGACAGCAUUGGGCGGCAGUGUUGGCGGCGGCGGCGGUCUAGCCACAGAUAUAUCAUCAGCAGCAACAACAUCUGUGAGUCGCUUAGGUGGCAAUUAUCCAAUGGAAAACAAUGAUUUUACCGCAACGAAAUGGUCGUUCAGCGAAGCAUUGCUCUACUCCGUAACUGUGAUAACAACUAUUGGUCAUGGCAGUCUAACACCGCGCACCACAGGCGGCAAGAUUGCAACGAUAUUUUAUGCCCUAAUUGGGGUGCCACUAAUGCUGAUGUGUCUAUCGAGUCUGGGUGGCAUCCUGGCCGAGGCUCUGCAGUGUACCUAUGCUCGGCUGUGUUGCCGAGGGCCACAAUAUGUUCAUGAUAAUGCUGGUCAUCGAAGACAUCGUCAAGGUGGUGGGGGUGGCGGUGGAGGAGAUGGUGGCGACGACAGCGAUGCGGACGCCGAUGUUGAUGACCACAAUGCAAAUGAUGGAUGUGGCCAAAAGUCGCAACACAAACAGGAUCAUUGUUUGUCGGAGAAGGACGCGAGUUAUGCUGCCCUCAGGGAACAUCAUCAAUGCGAAUUUGAGAGCAGUCAUAAACAUGGGAUAAAUUGUAAAAAUUGUAAAUAUGAUGCCAUAAUUGGCGUUAGUAGUGACACGAAUCCGAACAAUGUCUAUGACAGCUACAAAUGCACCACCAACACCCAGCCCGAGGACGGAUUGAAGGUGUCAUCAGCAGCUGCAGCAGCAUCCGCAUCGGCAACGGCAUCACCAAUCUUGACAACAAAAAGUGGCUACAAGGAGGCAGGAAAACUCAAUCAACAACAACAGCAGCAACAGCUUCAACAAUACGGUAGCUGUAUGCAGUUGAAAAUGUCACCAGCAAUGGGAGGCACAAUAACAGGCCAACAACAACAAGCACAACAUCAGCAGCUCUCACAACAACAUCCUGCAUACUAUCAACAACGACCAGACGUCAUGCUUAUGGCAUCAACAACCGGACACAAAUUGUCUUCGCCCGGCUCGGGUAAUUGCCGUCUUCUGAUGCCCAACACCUCGACGGCAGGUGUUGGUGGCACAACACCCCGUUAUUUUGCACCGCCUAUGGCCACAUAUCACAUUGUCUCCUCCACGUCCAAUAACUCCUCACCGACCCACCAGCAGUCGAUAAGACACUACAUUAUACCACCACCCGGUCCGCCCGGGAAUCCGGCGACAUUAAGUGGUGCCCAACAUUUUAUGGCGGUGCCCACGAAUAUGUUGCGUUUUCAAACAUCUGCGGUCCAUUGUGGUGGCGGGGCAGGAGUUGGGACGAACUCGGGUGGCGUCGGCAGUAGUGGUGGUGCUGCAAAUCUUAGCAUAAAUCCAUUGGCAAGUGGCUCGACCACAACUGUCUACUUUCCAAUUGUGACACCAGUUGGUAGUGGUGCCCAAAAUCCAUUAGCGUUAUCUGGUACGGCAGCCGCACCAACAGCCACUACGACCAUCACCAGUACCAGUAAUAAUACCCUUUUGGGCACAAUGUCUGGCCCCUUGCCGCCAAUGCUGAAAUAUCACACCAUUCAAAUGCCACAUCGAAGAAAACAAAGUUUAACCCUGGCCAAUGGUACGAAUGCGGCGACCGAGUCGGGAUCACAGCAGCAGCAGCAACAAACCGAAAUGCUGCCACCACCUCCGCCAGCUUAUCAAACGGCCACCGUGCAUGGUAUCAGACGUGCGAAAUUCUUGACAAAACCUCCAUUACCCCCAGAGAUCAAUACAUUGCUGCAUGAAAAUGAUAUAUCCUGCAGGCAUGAUUUAUCACAGAACCCGGUGUCUUCUUCAUCGUCCUCCUCUUCUUCAGCUGUAACGUAUCCGAGUGGAGGUGAACAACAGCAACAGCAGCAAUCGGUAAUGGCAACACCAUCAACGACGACAAGCCAGUCAGUCACCUUGUCAGCUGAGCACCCACAUCAACAACAACAGCAACUGCAAUACUCCACUCAUCAUCAUCAACAACAACAGCAACAAAACAUUAACAAUUUGUACAGCAACACAACGGCGGCCAUUUGUUCGGCAACUGUGGCAGCUCCAUCAUCAACAUUAACCAACAACCCUGGAAGCCUGGCCUGUGAAUCAACAUCGGCAUCACCAUUAACGCUCAUGUCAUCCCACUCACAUUUCACUCAGGCGACGACGACAACGACGACGACGACGACGACGGGAGACAUUGGUAACACCCAGAGCCAAGGAGGAGGAGCAGCAGCUAUGGCAACCGUUGUCGACAUCAUGGAAGACGAAGAAGAGCUGGAACAACAACGCCUGGGUAACUGCCCCCAUGGAACACCCUCCCGGGUGCCGCUGCUCACCUGUAACUCGGCAACCAGUACCCAUGAAGAUAAAUCGGCCACUCGAAGUUUUUUGCAAGCCACCGCCGCCACCUUCCAAAGGCACACCAGCAGCUUUCAAAGGAAUCACCCGCAGCAGCCGCCACCCUCGGCCACGGCAACGAUACAACGCAAAUCAAUGAUAAUCAACCACAAAGGAGAAUGUAAUCUCCACGUUACGCCCAAGCGAAGGAAUUCGGCAAUUUGUUAUCGUGACCAUCACGAUACCUCCGAGGAUGACGAUGAAUUUAUGGAGGGCCAACAAAAUACAUAUAAACUAAAAGAUUUACAACAACAACACCACCACCAACAGACUGAUAAGCUUUUGCAUGCCACCAUGGCGAUGGGCAACAAUGAAUUGGAAUUGGACAACAAUUCCUUGGUUUCAUAUGGCGGCGAUUCUACGACCAGUUCCCAACAAUUACCUCAGGUACCGCUGCUGCUGGUGCUCAUCAUUCUGGUGUUCUACGUCUGCCUCGGCACCGUCAUCUUUGCCCUGUGGGAGAAUUGGUCACUGAUCGAUGGCGCCUACUUCUGUUUCGUCACCCUGACAACCAUCGGCUAUGGGGACUUUGUGCCGAUGCGUACCUUUCAAGGACCCGAAAUCCAAUUGUUUGCCUGCUGUGCCUAUCUGCUGUUGGGCCUGGUGCUGGUGGCCAUGUCCUUUAGCAUAUUGGAGACGCAGCUGAUAUGGAAAUGUAAACGAUUGGCUGUGCGACUGAAAUUGACCAGAGAAUGAUGCUGCGGUCAGCAUUUGCAAUUUGUAUAGAUUUUAAGGAUUAUGGAGGAUAUGUUGGUGUGUUGUUAUUUUUUUUUUUUUUUU